AUGCCCAAUUUUAGGAACAUUGGUAACUCUUUGCGUCGAGAGUUGAAUGAAUUCGAUGCUGAGGAUUGUGACGAUGAUUAUAGUUUUAGACAAAUGCCUGGUUUUGAUAACUACCCGAUGUUUAACACUCUAUCUCGUACUAUCCAUACACCGGAUUUGAUUAUUGAAGAUGAAGAUUCUGAUUCGGAGCACUCCCAAUUAUCUAUUACCGAAUUUCCAGUCGAUGAGGAAGAAGGAUUCGAGGAUUACUGGUCUGAUGACAUAAACCACGCCAAGCUUAUUAAAUGUCAAGACUUUGCGCGAGGAUGGCUCGCUCGGAAGGAAUUUACUAUGAUCCAGAACGUUCACCAAUCGACCCAUUUUAACGAUCUGAUGACACGAAUUCAAUCCCGUGUCCGUGGAAAUAAUACCCGCGCAAAAAUUGCAAGUUACAAGUCUGAAUUGAUCGAUCACAGUAAUUUCAUCAUCAAGUUGCAAAGUAUUUCCCGUGGAUUUCUGGUCCGACUCAAAUACCAACAAACAAUUGAUUACUACAAAUCACAUAUCGAGAAGAUUGUUAAGGUCCAAAGUUUUGUCAAGAAUAAACUACAUGGAAACGCCUACAGGAAAUUAACCACAGACUCCAAUCCUUCUAUCAGCACCGUCAAAAGUUUUAUUCAUCUUUUGGAUGACAGUGACCUUGACUUUGAUCGUGAAUUGGAGUUGGAAGAUAUGCGCCAGCAAGUGAUUGAGAACAUACGGGAGAACAACCAAUUAGAUUCCCAUAUUAAUGUGCUUGAUAUUCAAAUCGCUCUCUUUUUGAAAAAUGCUAUUUCCAUCGACGAAGUUUUGAAACACAGUGGUGCCUUUAAAAAGAAAAAAGAGCAGCAGCGUAUCUUGAGCCAAUUAGCUGCUAAAAAUAACCAAACAAACCCCUUCUCCUUUGCUGGUAUCGACAAGGAGAGUAGACAGAGACUUGAAUCGUAUCAAAAGCUCAUCUAUGUUCUACAAACCGAACCAAAGUAUUUGGCUAGACUGUUAUCCAUGACAAACAGACAAGAUCUAGGUCAUUAUUCAAGCCACAAAUUGAUCGAGUCUACCGUUCUGUCCCUUUUCGGCUAUGCAACAAAUGCGCGUGAAGAGUUUUUGCUGAUUAAUCUUUGCAAGUAUUGUAUCGCCGAAGAAAUGAAAGAUGUACAAAGCACUCAAGAGUUUAUGCGUGGAAACUAUACGUUUAUGAAACUUGUUGUUCAAACGAAUCGAGGAGCAAAAGAAAGAGAGUUCUUCCGCACGCUUUUAACUCCUCUUGUCAACGAAGUUGUCCAUAAUGAUUUCUUGGAUCUUGAAACGGAUCCAGUUAGUAUAUAUCACAAGGCAAUUAACGAUGAGGAAUCUAGAACUGGUAUGCCAUCCCUCCGUACCCAUGCUGUUACUUCUCAAGACGCACUCUCUGACUCAGAAGUAAGAGAUACCUUUGUGAUUCAUUUACGUAACCUCAGGGAGAUUACCGAACAAUUCUUUGCUGCCGUCACGUCUACUGUAGAUACUGUUCCCUAUGGUAUACGCGUAGUUGCAAGAGAGUUAAGAUUGAUUUUGGAAGAAAAUUUUUCGGAUGAGCCUCAUGAACGUAUCAUCCGUAUCAUUGGUAACUUUAUCUAUUAUCGUUAUUUGAACCCUGCUAUUGUUGCACCCGAGCAAUAUGACGUGAUUGAUGCUGUUAUUAAUCCUGUACAAAGGAAAAAUUUGGCAGAGGUCUCUAAAAUGUUGCAACAUAUAUCAAGUGGUUCUGUGUUUGAAGAUGCACAUGAUAUUUUUUUAGCUCCUUUAAAUGAAUAUGUUGCAGAUGCAGGUCAUCGCUUUGGAGAGUGGUUUUUGGAACUGACUGAUGUUGAAGACCCAGAAAGCUAUUUUGGAAUGCAUGCUUUAACUGAUCAGACCAACACACACAAGCCUGUUGUGUAUCUGUCACCCAAAGAGUUAUUCCAUUUACAUUAUACAUUGGAACAUAAUUUGGAUAUGAUCGAGCCUGAAGGAUCUGGUAUUCUUCACGAUAUCUGCAAGGAAAUUGGACCUUCUAUUUAUCAUCCCGAUACCGAACUACCUGAAACAAUGGUCUGCUUGACAUUGACCAACAACUGUGACGAUAUUCCCAUGGACCCUACAGCCCGUCUUCAACAAUUAUUGGUUGACACCAAACGACUUGUCAUUUAUGUCAUCAAAAUUCAAAGUGGAAAGGAUUUAGCACAUAUUUUCCAAGAAGCGGUAUCAACGGAUCACGAAAGAGUUUGGACUAAAUUUAAAUCACAAGAGUUUUUAGAAGGAGCAGAGGAUCAUACCGUUAUCACAAAAAGACGCUAUCUAAAACUCGGACAGUCGGAAGACCCCUUGGAUUUACAAAGCAUUUCCUUUUUCCAACUCAAGCGCAUUGCAAGCAGGCUUGUAGUACAUUUGGAGACUUGCAAAGUGAUUGCUAAUAAUAAUGCCUAUCAAGAUGUGAUCAACAUGAUUGCUCGUGAUAUUACGGGAAAAAAUACGCGGCGAUUACAACGUGACCGGGAAUUAGCACGUAUGAAGCUGACAUUGAACCAUUUAAAGGAAAAGAGGGAUUAUUUGCUUGAGCAAGGCAAUUCGUACGAGGGAUAUUUGAAUAGCUGUAUGACAUCUAUGGCAACCAAGCGGGGGAAGAAACAAAAGUUUAUCUUUCCUUUUACACGUCAAUAUUUCCAUAUGCGGGGUUUGCAAAAAUUAGGGUUAGUACCCAAGUUCGGUUCCUACAAGUAUACUGCCAAACAGUUAUUUGAACGAAAUGUAAUUUUGGAGUUGAUGGGUAUCCCUAAGAGACAUUAUGAUCGUAUUCCUAUUAUUCUAUCGAUGGACCAAGCAGGAAUUAUUACGAUUGAAGGAAGUUAUUCCGGCUGGCCAAUGUCUUCAGUUCAAGUAGAUCUGCGUUAUGAAGAGCUUUUGCAGACCCAGUUUGAAGGUGUUCAGACGGUUACUGUCCUGGAUGGCAUGGCCAAAGUAAACGUGAAUUUGUUAAUCUAUCUAAUCAACAAAAAGUAA